UUAUAUAAAAGAAAUAUUUUUGUUAUAUCUUCUUACAUAUAGUACCAGAGCUGGUAAAAGGUUUAAAAAAAAAUAGCUAUAAAUAAAACUAAUAAAAUAUCCCUUUGAAUCUGUUCAUCUAAAUCCAUUUCUCGCGAAACAGAAAAUUCUUCUCCAUUUCCUGCCAAUUUCAAGUUGUUUCCCUCAAAUUUUCCAUCCUUUCCUCCCGACAUGAUACCCGCCGCCGGCGUUUUCAGAAAGAGGCAGCGCACCACUACCACCCGCCAUUCCUCCACCGCCGGUAUCGCCAACUCCUCAUUCUUCGACAUAACUCAAAACCACCACCGUUGCUCUCCAACCACCACAUGUGACACCGCCUCCCUCUUAUUCAACGAUGCCUCCACCGCAGACGUCGUCCUCCGCCUCUUCACCGAUACAAUCUCCUCGCCGGAAUCAUCUCCCUCCGUCGACUCAAAGCCGAUCUCCGAUCUCCACGUUUACCUCCACUCGGACAUCAUUCGCCGGUCCAAAUAUUUCUCCGCCCUCCUAUCCGACCGCUGGAUCGGCAACGUCCACCCUCAAUCUCCGUCGCAGGAGCAAACCACAAACCACGAACUCUUACGCUUAAACCUUGGAGUUCCACCUUCUCCUGGCUCGAUCCAGAACCAUCUCACCGUGCUGGAACUUCUCUACACGAACGAUUUCUCAAACGCGGUGGAAAGCGUAUCGACGGCUCUGGAUCUCCUCCCUGUCGCGUUAGAAUUGCUCUUCGAAGACUGCGUCCGGUGGUGUGUGAGUUAUCUCGAAGCCGUGCCGUGGACGGAGGAAGAAGAAAACGGAGUGGUAAACCUAAUUCCUUUCCUUAGCGAAGAAGAAUCGAAAGAGCUUGUAGCUAGGGUUUCACCCGUAGGAGAAAACGCAUGCGAGGAAAUGCUGCAAGGUUUAAUUUCAUCGGCGAUGAACAAUUACGGAAACACAGCGUUCGUGAAAGCGUUCGUAGGGAAGAUAUUGAGGGACGUAUCUUCACGAGUAACGGCGAAGAGAGUUUUGGAGGAAGCGUUUAGGAAAAGCUUGAAAACGGUGAAGCAAUCGUUGGAGGAUUAUUCGAGUCCUGUUUUUAGAGGUGAUCAUAAUGAAACGGAAGCUAUUCAGAGGUUGAAUCUUCAUAAAGCUUCUACUAUUGGGAAACAUCUUCUAUGGCUUGUGGAGAGGAUGAUUGAGCUUAGGGUAGCUGAUGCGGCCGUGCGUGAAUGGAGUGAACAAGAAGCCUUUACUGCUGAUUUGAAGAGAGCGUUUCGUGAUGAUGCUUUGAGGAAUAUUGUGCCUGGUCUUCCUGCUGUUAUUCUUCGUUGUACAUCUAAGCUUGCUCAUGCUGUUUGUGCUGGCACUAUUUUGGCCUCUACUCAGGUGAGAAGGAAACUCGUAGAAGAUUGGCUUCCUGUUUUGAUUAUAUGCAAAGACAAUGUUUCACCCGCCAGCAACAAAUCGUUAUAUCUAGAACUGGAAGAAACUUUUUUGCAAAUCAUCUCCACAUUGCCCAUGUCAGAUGCUCAAGAAUUGUUGCAGCAGUGCCUCAGCUUUUCAACCCGAAAUGUUGAAGACUGUCCUCACUUGGUAACAGCGUUCAACACCUGGUUCCGCCGUGCAGCCCAUCCCUUCAAGUUAGAUUGUCCGUACGAUUCAUCAGAUACCUGAUCUGCUGGAACUUUGUUGGCAAGCUUGUUAAAUAUUGUACAGUUUGUAAAAAAAAAAAAAACUUUUUAGAAAGUUGAACAGUAACUUUGUACAUAUAACUGGUUUCUGUCUUCUAAGACAAACAUCAACCAAGAUACUUAGACCCUGUCCUGUGGUUGUUGGCAUGUCUGGUAUGUUCCCUGAAAUGCAAGAUUUUAGUUGCAUGUAUUUCUCAGUUGAAAUGAUGCUUUGCAAUUUUGGGAUAAAGUGGGGAAAGAAAUACUAGCUUUGGAUUUCUUGUGAAUAAAUCCAUUUCUCUGCUUAAACUUUUUGCAUUUUAUAAAUUGUCCCUCAUUAUUAUCAUGGACUAGGAUCUCUUGUGAAUAAAUUCAUUUCACCCAAAAAGUUUCAAAUUUACGAAAUUAAUGAUUAA